UACUGUCCCACAGGAGCUCCAGCUGUUUGAAGUCAUGCUGUUCGUUUCUUUACUAGAAGCUACAAUGGCUUCCAGGUUUGUAAUUGUUUUACAGGGAUAGAAGAAGCAGCCAAUGCUGAUACAGAUGGCGCUCUUGUCUGAGGAAAGAAGGAUGUAACAGAACGAAGCAAGCAGCGCAGCUUCCCCUCAUCUCCUCCGUUCCAGCCAACCCAAUCCAUGGAUUGCGUGCUCUUCAAGGCACGACCUUUUUGGGCCGCAGUAAACCGGCCGAGCUUCACCGUGUACGCAACUCUGCAGCGCUCGUAUAGUCCAAUCCACUGUAUCCUCCGACGCUUCGCCAACAUGUCCGCCCCUGAGUCGACCGCGGCCAUGCCGUCCAUGAUGUACGGGACCGCCUGGAAGAAGGACCGUACGGCCGACCUCGUCUACGAGGCCAUCAAGGCUGGCUUUCGCGGCAUCGACACGGCCGCCAUGAAGAAGCAUUACGACGAGGCGCUCACGGGCGAGGGUAUCCGUCGCGCCAUCCGCGAGGGCAUUGUCUCGCGCAGGGAACUAUUCAUCCAAACCAAAUUCACCCCCCUAGACUCUUCCUCCCCCUACUCCCAGACCGACCCGAUCCCCGCCCAAAUCCACGCCUCCGUGACCUCCUCCCUCACCAACCUCGCCACGCCCGACCACCCGCAGCCCUACCUCGACGCGCUGAUCCUGCACUCCCCCUUCCCCACCGCCGCCGAGACCCUCGAAGCCUUCCACGCCCUCCAGUCCUACCUGCCCAACUCCCCGGACCCUUCCCGCGCGGGCAAGAUCCUCCGCCUGGGCAUCUCCAACAUCACCCCAGCCCAGCUACACGCCCUGACCUCCACCUCCACCACCCCAUCCCCAUCCUCACCAGCGCCACCACCCAUCACCAUCAUCCAGAACCGCCUCCGCGCCGCCGAGCACGCCUGGGACCGCAGCACGCGUGCCUGGUGCGCCGCCCGCGGCGCGGCCUACCAGGGCUUCUGGACGCUGACGGGCAACGCGGGCGUGUGGCAGCAGCGGGGAGGGGGCGCGGCGGCGUGCGUCGGGGUCGGGGCGGUGGCGGACGGCGCGGGCGUGUCGCGCGCCGCCGCGUGGUACGUGCUGCUGAUGGAGGCCGGGGUGGUGGUGCUCAACGGGACGUGCGACGCGGCGCACAUGCGGGAGGAUCUGGAUGCGCGGGGGAGGGUGGAGCGGUGGAGGAGGGGUGGGGAGGAAGGGGCGAGGGUUUGGGAGGAGGCGUGGAGGGAGUUUGAGGCGCUGGUUGGGGGGGUUGCGAAGCAGGGUUGAGUUUGCUUGGAGAGGGGAGAGUAGGGAGGAUGGAGGGGGAGCUGUGAAGGGAGAGGAUAGUGGUAAUUGUAUGUUUGGUAGCCUGGUCUGUGGACGGGGAGGGAGGUAGUUGUUUGUUGCUUUACGUAGACGGUCGACCGAGGAACG